AUGUCGUCUUCAAAGAUGACUAUUGGAAAUAAUUUACUUCGACGAUUGAAAUCGUUGGGUAUUGACAUAAUUUUCGGAGUGCCUGGUGAUUAUAACUUGCCAUUUCUUGAUCAGAUCGAAGAUUUUGGUGGUAUUCAAUGGGGCAAUAACUGCAAUGAAUUGAAUGCAUCCUAUGCAGCCGAUGGAUAUGCUCAUAUUCGAGGCAUUGGUGCUCUUGUGACAACAUUUGGUGUUGGUGAACUAUCAGCUAUAAAUGGUAUUGCUGGUUCAUAUGCUGAAAUGGUAUCGGUGGUACAUAUUGUUGGAACACCUCCGACUACAUCGCAAAUCAGCGGUGCUAUUCUUCAUCAUACACUUGGUAAUGGUGAUUUUCAAGUUUUUGCAAAUAUGUAUAAAGAAGUCACGAUUGCUCAAGCAAAUUUAACAAAAGAAAAUGCUGUUGAAGAGAUCGAUCGUGUUCUUACUCAAUGUUUGCUUAAAGGUCGACCAGUUUAUAUAGGUUUAGCUGUAGAUCUUAGUGGUUACGAGGUCAAUCUUGAUUCAUCAUCUAUUAAACCACUUAAUUUAUCACUUGCUGAAUGUAUGAUUGUUAUUGUUGACGCAUGUGCUGUUCGACAUGAUAUGAUGAACAAAGUUUUAAAAUUUAUUGAACAUACUCAGUUACCUGUUUAUGUAACACCUAUGGCUAAAGAUGGUAUUGAUGAAGAUCAUCCACAAUUUCGUGGCGUUUUUGCAGGAAAUUGUUCAACAGAACAAGUACAGGAAGAAGUGUAUGAUGCAGAUCUUAUUCUUUCUAUUGGCUCAAUGAAUAGUGAUUUUAAUACAGGUGGUUUUACGUAUCGUUUAUCACAGAAAAAGACUAUUGAAUUCCAUACGUAUCAUACCAAAAUUUUUUAUGCUAUAUAUGAUAAAGUUGAUAUGCGUGAACUUUUACCUGAUUUAACUGAACAUUGGCCAACCGAUAUUAUUUAUCCAUAUAAAGGUAAACCAUAUGAAAUUGAAAAACCGAUAUUAGAUUCCAAACAUCAAUAUGAAAUUGUACAAGAAUAUUUCUGGCAUAAAUUAUCAGUCUUUAUUCCAGAAAAUUCAAUCGUUAUUGCUGAAACUGGAACAUCUGAAUUUGGUAUUUUUAAUAUGCGUGCACCGCGCGGUGUUACAUUUUUAACACAAAUAUUAUGUGGUUCAAUCGGUUAUUCUGUUGGUGCAGCUUUAGGUGCAGCAUUAGCUGCAAAAGAUCAAAAUCGUCGAGUUUUUGUUUUAGUUGGAGAUGGUUCUUUUCUAAAGUAUCAUCAAUGUUACGAUGUAAAAACUAAUAUAGUUAUUAUUGUAUUGAAUAAUGAUGGCUAUACAAUCGAAAAACUUAUUCACGGUCCUGAUCGUCUUUAUAAUAAUAUUCAAAUGUGGCGUUAUCAUAAGAGUUUUGGAUAUUUUGGUGAUGGAUUAAAACAAAAUCGAGAACAAGCCGUUACGAGUUUUGCUGAUAUGGUUAAAACUCGAGAAGAAUUCGAAAAAGCUAUAACGCAAGCAUUGAAAGAAACUGAUAAAAUUCAUUUUGUCGAAGUUGUUAUGUCACCUAUGGAUGCACCGAAAAGUUUAGUACUAACUAUUGAAGGUACAAGAGAAUACAAGAAACGAAAGCAUGAAACACAAGAAUAA